GCGCUUUGAAUCUUGAUUCUUUUUGCAGAUGAUUUUAAUCUGUUGUAGCCACUGAAUGUUGUGGAUCUGGAGUGAGAUUUUUCUUUUUUCUCUUUACUGGAUCAGAAUAUCUGACUAUCUGUUGGUGUUUCAAGUGAGUAAAGAAAUAGUAUUGUACUGUUUGUGAGCGGCUAUAUGGUGUUCUUGUGAGACAAUUCAGUCUUUCUUAGAGUUCACAUCUUAGAUAGGAAAAUGAAAUGUGCCAAAGGAUGAGUUUCGAACUUUGAUUCGUAUGGUCAUGGGAAGAGUGACUUUUACUGCUAAGAUCUGGAGAAGGAAAUUUGUCCAAUACACAAGCUGAAUUGGACUACUUUCAUCAAGAGUUUGAGGUUUUGAGCAUGUCGAAGAGGCUCAUGAGAAGCAUGAGCCAGAAAUUGAGGAGGAAGAAUAACAAAGGUGUUGCCGAGGAAGAGGACGUUUCAAGGGGAAUAUCUUUGAGAUGUCUUACAUUAUAUGGUAGAGGUGGAGGUUGCAAAGUUGGGGCCGACACCGGUGAGGAAAUUGGUGACCCAGGCAGUCGAAGAAGAUCCAGUGCCAGUGAGGAAGGUAAGGGAUACAAAUCAUUAUUCAGUACUGAAGAAAAUGGUGUGGAUUGCUUCUCAUAUGGCGUAAAGGAGAGAUUUCGUAAGAAGCAUAGCCCAAAGAAUUCCGGACUUCGGAACUCUACGAGGAACAGUGACGUUCAUAUUUUUCUUCCUGAUGACAUUCUGGAAAUGUGCUUGAUGAGGCUACCACUUUCGAGUCUCAUGAAUGCUCGCCUUGUAUGCAAAAAGUGGAGAUACUUGACUAGCACUCGUCGGUUUUUACAGAUGAGACGGGAAUGUUUAUAUCAGACUCCAUGGAUAUUUUUAUUUGGUGCUGUUAAAGAGGGUUAUUGCUCGGGCGAGAUACACGCACUGGAUGUAUCUCUAAAGAAAUGGCAUAGAAUAGAUGCUGAUAUUCUCAAGGGAAGAUUUGUGUUCUCUCUAGCCAGUAUCCAGGACGAUAUAUAUAUCGUUGGUGGAUGUUCUAGCUUGGCUAACUUCGGAAAAGUCGAUAAGAGCUCCUUCAGAACACAUAAAGGGGUCUUAGUGUUUAGUCCUUUAACUAAUUCUUGGAGGAAAAUUGCGUCUAUGAAGCAUGCCAGAUCAAUGCCUAUAUUAGGAACUUCAGAGGUUAACUCAGAAUUUUCAGUAGUUCCGAGCCAUCAUAAUCGGCAAGAUAGACGUUAUUUGAGAUCACGUGCCGGUGGUUCAUUGGAUGUUUAUGAGGAUCCUCACAGGCUCUCGUUAAGACGUCAAGCCAGAAAUCCUUUGGAAGACAAUGAUGCUUCAAUGUUGUCUAAUAGGAAGUCAUAUAAGUUCAGUCGACAAAAGAGCGAACAGUCUCGUGCGAAAGGACAUCGUAGGUUUGUGAUUAUUGCAAUUGGCGGUCUAGGAUCUUGGGAUGAACCGAUAGAGUCGGGGGAGAUUUAUGAUUCCUCAUCAAACAAAUGGACAGAAAUUCAGAGGCUUCCUGUAGAUUUCGGUGUUAUAUGUUCUGGGGUUGUCUGCAAUGGGAUCUUCUAUGUUUAUUCUGAGACAGACAGACUUGCAGGUUAUGAUAUCGAAAGAGGCUUUUGGAUCGGAAUCCAAACUUCUCCAUUCCCGCCUCGUGUUCAUGAGUACUACCCGAAAAUUGUAUCCUCGAACGGUCGGCUGUUCAUGCUUUCUGUCUCCUGGUGCGAAGGGGAUGGACAAAUAGGGCAGAGAAACAAGGCUGUAAGGAAACUGUGGGAGUUAGAUCUCGCGUACCUUGCCUGGACAGAGGUGUCGGUGCAUCCCGAUGCGCCAAUGGACUGGAACGCUGCAUUUGUUGCCGAUAGAAACCUGGUAUUCGGGAUCGAAAUGUUUAAAAUCUUCGGUCAGGUACUGGACUUCUUGACAGUAUGUGACAUCUCCAACGCAGUAUCAGACUGGAAUCACAUCUCAAGAACUCGUGUAUCUCAUGAAAUGGAUGCUUCUUCCUGCUUGACCAAAUCAAUGGCAGUCCUCCAUCUCUAAGGUCCUUUCUCUCGAUCUAUCUGCCUCAUUCCCUUGCGAUUGAAGAAAUCUAAAUUAACAAUUUCCUCAUGUUGAAGAUAUGUGGUGCAAUCCAAAGGUAACAUUCCAUUUCUUGUAUCAAAUUUUCUUUUGUACGCGAUCAAUUCAUCUUUGUUUCUUCAUCAAUCAUGCAGGAUUAUAUAUUGCUGCACCCUACUGUGUAAUUUCCAAUCAAAUCAUCUUUCCUCUCGUAAUUGAUUUUAUAUCUCUCAAGUAAAUUUGGUAUUGUCUCAUGAUAUUCGAUGAACACAAGUUUUGGGGUAAUAAACUCACUCAAAUAGUCCAUGAUGAACUCUUGGGGAUUUGUGUC